UCGGCAUCGCUCAGACGCCGCGCGGGGAGGGGAUUGGUCCACGCGUUCCUGCUCCAACUUCUAGCAGUUCGGGGCCACAGCUCGCCGCACACCUGCUUGUUCAGCCAGUCUGAAGGCGCGGGGAUUCCCUCCUGCGCUCCCUCCUGCCUGCCGGUCCACAGGGAGGAGAGAAGGGCUGGACCGUCCCGCCCCCAGCCCCCAACAGGACCCCACGUCGCACCACUGAGCCGGGCGAGAUGAGCGCGGACGCGGCGGCCGGGGCGCCCCUACCCCGGCUCUGCUGCCUGGAGAAGGGUCCGAACGGCUACGGCUUCCACCUGCACGGGGAGAAGGGCAAGGUGGGCCAGUUCAUCCGGCUGGUGGAGCCCGGUUCGCCAGCCGAGAAGUCGGGGCUGCUGGCCGGAGACCGGCUGGUGGAAGUGAACGGCGAGAACGUAGAGAAAGAGACCCACCAGCAGGUGGUGAGCCGCAUCCGCGCCGCGCUCAACGCAGUGCGCCUGCUGGUGGUCGACCCCGAGACGGACGAGCGACUGCAGAAGCUGGGUGUCCAGGUCCGGGAGGAGCUGCUGCGAGCCCAAGACGGGCCCGGGCAGGCCGAGCCGCCGGCCGCCACCGAGGCGCAGGGGGCUGGUAGCGAAAAUGAGCCGCAGGCCGCCGCGCCAGAACCGCGCGAGGUGGAGAAGAGCUGUCCGGAGCGGCGUGAGCUUCGGCCUCGGCUCUGCACCAUGAAGAAGGGUGCCAAUGGCUACGGCUUCAACUUGCACAGCGAUAAGUCCAAGCCAGGCCAGUUCAUCCGGGCAGUGGACCCAGACUCACCUGCCGAGGCCUCGGGGCUCCGGGCUCAGGACCGCAUCGUGGAGGUGAACGGGGUCUGUAUGGAGGGCAAGCAGCACGCAGAUGUGGUAUCUGCCAUCAAGGCUGGUGGGGACGAGACCAAGCUGCUGGUGGUAGACAAGGAAACCGAUGAGUUCUUCAAGAAAUGCAAAGUGACCCCGUCUCAGGAGCAUCUGAACGGUCCCCUGCCCGAGCCCUUUACCAAUGGGGAGAUCCGGAAGGAGAACAGCCGUGAAGUCCUGGCUGAGGUAGCAUCUGAGAGCCCCAGAUCAGCCCUGGCAAGAUCCACCUCCAGUGAUACCAGUGAGGAGCUGAAUUCCCAAGACAGCCCCAGGAAACAGGACUCCACAGCACCCUCGUCUACCUCUUCCUCCUCCGACCCCAUCCUGGACUUCAACAUCUCCCUGGCCGUGGCCAAAGAGAGGGCUCACCAGAAACGCAGCAACAAGCGGGCUCCGCAGAUGGACUGGAGCAAGAAAAACGAACUCUUCAGCAACUUCUGAGUGUCCUCCUGCGGGCACCAGGGAAAGCUGGUGCGACUGGGCCAGCCCCCCUGCCCCACCCGAGCCAGCUCCCUCUCCCUCCUCCCCACUCACUCCCCUCCCUAAUCUACACACAAAUCAGCACCAGCGUCCCUCCUCUAUCGGUGAAUCUGAUUUUUCUAGAGAACCGUGCUCUUCCCUUACCUCGGGGAAGGUCAAUGUUUCCAACCUGCCCCAGUCAGCAAGCAGACUCUGGCCUGCGUCUCCUGCGUGCUUCAGCCUACCAGGGGCGCCCUCACCACACCCCUGGGACCUCAGUGAAACCCAUACCAAGCAAGGGGUCAGGCAAGAGGUCCUGUUCUUUCACGACCCCAAGUGAUGAGUCAAAGGUUAAUCAAGGACUGCUGAUUACAGCAACGCUGUGGAAUGGACAGGGGCCCGUCGUUCUCAGAGCUGCGGCUGGGGCAUUUACUUUUGUUCAUUUGAUUUUUUUUUUUUUUUUUUUUGAGUGCAGUACCACAGACAGAGUUUAGAGGGAUUUUUGUUUCCUUGAUUAACAUGAUUUUCCAGGUUGUUGCAUCCAGGAUAUAGCAGCAACCUUAGCCUUAAACUUUGUUUUUGCUCCUACUACACGCCCCCCCCCCCCCUCACCACCGGGAGCCCCGGGCAACAUGGGGAGGGUCUGGCCACCUCCUGCCCAGCCACCCCACUGUAAGGAAACUCCCAUCAGAAAUUCAACUGGCUUCCAAACCGC